AGUCAUUCAUCACCAGACACGAACCGUUCGACUCAAGAUUAUUGUCUCCUUGCCCUCACCAAGCCUCAUAUUUUUCCCCUACUUUUUCGUCCAAAGAUCCUUCUGAAGGCGUUUCCGCACGAUCUCUGUCUCUUCCCGCAUAUUUCUUGAUCUUACAGGCUCUCAAGUCUGUGGAAUUUGCGCCUGGGGUUUGGCGCGUCAACGGAUCUCCUUCUCCAGAAGCAACUCUCAUUCCUAUAUCAUCCAUCGUUUCUUGCCCAACAUGCCUGACAUCAAACGAUCUAUUAAGAUCAUCACCGAGCAGAAGAUCAUUCCUGGUGCAGACAGCGGUGUGGCGGGGUUUCCUCUGCGCCAUUGGAGUAUGAGAAUUGUUCUGCUUCAUGCAGACACAAAGCAAGAGCUCGACGCAGACAUCUUCGAGUCCGUGACAUAUGUUCUUCACGAAUCCUUCGGCGAUAAGAUGAGACAAACCUAUAAGAAGCCUCCAUUUCGCGUCGCCGAGGAUGGAUGGGGUGAAUUCGAGCUCGUGAUUGAGUUGAAGGAUCUGGGCGGUAAAACUCACAGCAUCACGCAUGAUUUGAACUUUGCCAAUCCCCACUACGAGACAAAGCAAAUCAUCACCUUCAAGAACCCCAAGGGUGCGCUUCUUGAAGCACUUCGCACCUCUGGAUCUAUUCCUGGUGAUCCUGCCGCCAACGGUGCCGAUGCUAGCAGCAAGAAGCGUACCAGUGAAAUAGGUGCCACUGGUACUCAGAAGAAAAAGAAGGGCGGUGAUGGAAAGGCCAUUGAUAUGGACAAGCUGGCCGAUGGCUUGCAGAGACUUAGUGAAGACGCCCUACUCCACGUCGUACAGAUGGUACACGACCACAAGAGCGAGGACUCUUGGAUGCGAAAUGACGUUGAGCAGGGAGAGUUUCACGUCGACCUCUAUACCCUUCCAGAGAAUCUCAUCAAGAUGCUAUGGGAUUACACCACCGAGAUGAACGCGAUCUCGACAUCUGCAUAGAAGGCAGUCUUGGGCCAACCAAUGGUCAAGCGGAAAUCCCUUCGAUUAGCCAUUCCACGUGUCGCAGUCAAGUGACGAUAAGCUUGAUCACGCUGGACCUGGAUUGUAACAACAGUUCGUCAACGCCGCCUCAUCAUUCCUUUAUUCAACCUGUGUCUUAUGGCAUGAGGGGCACCUCCGCCUUCUCUGUGCCAUCCAACGUGAUCCUUAAUUAACCACCUCCCCAGCAUCAGAAGUUACUUGGGUGGUAAACUGCAUCACACACACAAGCCAUUGCGCAUUUUCUUCGACGUUAUAUGAUGAUACCAAAAUACUUGCUAGCAGAUGGAGGAGGACGGUUUAUUGCAACUUCUGAGGGCUUGGAACUCACCAUGAACUUUUGCAUCGAGACCGCGUUGUAACUCUCCAUGGUCAUAGGCUCUUGGUGGGUAGAAAGGAACAGGACAAGUGCAUGCCAGGUCCACUAUCUCGAGAGUCGAGGGCGCGACAUGGGGAGGCUUUUCUGCUUCUGUGCGCAUGAAUCUGAGCAUGCAUUUUAUAAGGCGGAACGAAAUAUCAAACGACUUGAUGCGCAGUUAUAAAAGUAGAGCAAGACGCCUUCAGUGCUUUCAAUUCACCGUAGGCAAAGGUUUCUGCCUGAUCCCUGAUCCAGCGUAGUAGAACAUCUAAAUAGAUCCCUAGGGAUGCAUCAGUCACUACAACAUAGGGGAAAAGAAUACGUAACUAUCGAGUACAUCAG